ACCCUCGAGGCCUCGACCCACCCACCCACCGCCACCGUUUCUCCACCUCCGCACCAUCUCGCCCGCCGUCCUCCUCUCCCACUCGAUCUCCACCCAUCUCGCCUUCCCACCUCUCCCGGGCGGUUCAGCAAGGUGCCGUAGGGUUUAGGUCCGGCAGCGAUGGCGGCGAGGCUGGCGCAGCUGCGCGCGAAGUCGGCGCAGGUGGCGGAGUUCGCCGCGAAGCACGGGGGAGCCUACUACAAGGAGACCAUGGAGAAGAACAAGCAAUACGUCGUGCAGCCCCCCACCGUCGAGAAGUGCCAGGAGCUCUCCAAGCAGCUCUUCUACACCCGCCUAGCCAGUCUACCAGGGCGCUAUGAGGCAUUCUGGAAGGAGCUUGAUGGUGUCAAGCAGGUAUGGAAGAACAGGAAGGAGUUCAAGGUUGAGGACCUUGGGAUUGCGACAUUAUUUGGAGUUGAGCUUUAUGCAUGGUUCUGCGUAGGCGAGAUUGUUGGCAGAGGAUUCACCUUAACUGGAUAUAAGGUCUAGAUGAUUUCCCCUGGUUAAGACCUGCGUUAUAAUAUAUUCUUUUAGCUGAUGCUUGUCGAAAUGGCAAUGAUUCCUGCCUUUGUUCACAAUUUUGUUUCUUAAAAGCUUCUCUAGUGCUGAAUGCCAGCAAGACGGGCACAUCGUUGCAACAUUGCCUCAAUAAUAUGCUCGCUCGAUUGUCCA